AUGUCGGACAUGGAGCAGGAAUGGAAACCAAAAGGUCGCCCUCAGUCGACCAUGGCUCAGGCCUUUUCCUCAACGCUGGAUAGCGUCUUCGCACUGGAUUCGGAUGUGGACCACCUGUCGCAGACUAUAGAUCAGAAGAGGUUCCAAAUGAUUAUACAAACGAGAGAGCUGGAGGAACUGCAGGCCAAGAUCCGGGAGACCGAGCGACGUCUGAAAGCUCGUCAAUCACUCAUCUUGGAUGGAAACGGCCCGAGAGACAGCGCAGGCGCACCGAAGGAGGACAAUGAAUAUCGAACAGCAGGUAAGGAAAAGUCGUUUCUCGGUAUGUGUAUCAGUGCGGCUCACAAGCUCUUGUCCGAAACACAGAGUCCUCCACUUCGACCGCGACAUCACCCACAGAUUCAGCGGGGCAGUACUCCAGCAGUGACGAACAGCGAGAGCAAGACCGAAACCGCAACAGGUGACUUGUCUUUGCGGAUCAAGACUGGUCUCGUCCAGUUUGUAUGGGUAACGAAUGCGGUUUCAGUGAAAUGA